CUCGACUAGAGCUCCCGUCUAAAUUUUAGUACGGUAACACAACAUGAUUAACGCCAGACCGUAUUUAGUGCAUUUGGUCAGUGUGAUUGUUUUAAUUUCCACAUUAUUUUCAUUCACUGGUUGUUCACUACAAGGAGAACAGGUGUCUAAGUGGGCCAAUGAAAUUGGGCACGAACUGUACAACCUUGGGGAGGUUGUAACUGAAUUCAAAGUAAUCAAAGAGACUUACAAAUCAAACAAUGCGCAAGUUGAAGAAAACCGUCCAACAGAUUUGCUGGCGGAAAUCACCAACAAUAUCGGUAUAAUGAUGGACUGGAAGAUGGACGCCAUAAAGGAAAUCCAACAACGUGCAGAAAAUAUAUCCGAAGAACUAGAAUACAAUGGUUCCAACUACAAAUAUUACAGCUCCAAGUACUCUCCAGAGGAGGGAGUGAAGCUCAAACUCCCUAAGUCGCUGAAGAAGAACGCGGCCAUGUACAAAACCAUGCAUUUAAAUGCAGACACGCACUUCUAUAAUUUAUCCGUGAACACCAGCCACAGUUCGGUACACGUCCCCACUAAUGUUUACGACAGAGAACCGGAGGCCGCAUUUGCCAUACAAUGGUCGGAAGCCCUCGACGAAAUUUUUGAAAAGAACUACAAAACCGACCCGGCCCUUUCCUGGCAGUACUUCGGCAGUACUUCGGGGAUAAUGAGGCACUUUCCUGGGAAGAAAUGGGACGACACAAGGAAGGACUUGUUCGACUGUCGCAUCAGGACUUGGUUUAUUGAAGCUGCCACUUGUACCAAAGACGUGAUAAUUCUGAUGGACAACUCAGGGUCCAUGGAUGGUAUGGGUAAGCACAUUGGAGCUCUGACAGCUUACAGCAUUUUGGACACUUUCUCCAAUAAUGACUAUGUUAAUGUCAUGAACUACUCGGAAACCACCGAUUACAUCGUGCCUUGUUUUAAUGGGUCAUUGGUGCAAGCUACAAGGGAAAACAUCCACGUCUUCAAGGAAGCCAUCCAAACCUUAGAUCCUGAUGGAAAAACCAGACUAGAACAAGCCUUGCAGAAGGCUUUCGUACUACUACAAAAUUACAGAAGAAAUCGUGGUUGUGAUGAUGUUAACAAUACAGAUUGUAAUCAGGCUAUAAUGAUAAUUACUGACAGCAUUUCUGGUAAUUUAAGCGAAACCAUCAUGAAAUACAACUACCUGAACAAUGGGACUAACAUACCCGUAAGAAUAUUUACAUAUCUGAUAGGGAAGGAAGUUACCAACGAAGCUGAGCUGCAGUGGAUAGCCUGUGCGAACAGAGGCUUUCAUACGCAUGUGCAAAGUUUGGAACAAGUCACAGCUUCAGUUUUGCAGUACAUCAACGUGAUAGCCAGACCGUUAGUGUUGCAAGGCGAAGAACAUCCGAUAUCUUGGACCCAUGCUUACAUAGACAUAACGUAUGAUGAUACUAAAGACACGACAAUCAACGAGCCGUUCAGAUUAUUAACUGCGGCAGCCAUUCCUUGCUUCGACAGGAAGACCAACAACAAAAACGAUACAAGGACUGCUAACUUGUUGGGAGUGGCUGCCACCGAUGUGCCCAUUGAUGACUUCAGGAAACUGACUCUUCCAUAUAAGAUUGGCGUCAACGGAUAUGCGUUUAUUGUGAGUAACAACGGCUAUGUUCUGAUGCACCCAGAUCUUCGCCCUGUGUUUCAAGGCAUUUUGAAGGAGAAUUACAACAGUGUGGACUUGACGGAGGUGGAACAGUUGGAUGACGGAAAGAAUGCCUGGGAGAUCAGCGACGUUAAAAGGGAAUUAAGGGAUGCUCUCGUUAAUGGUUUGACUGGAAGCAUGGAAAAUAUCACCAUCAAGUACCAUUAUGAUGAUAUGAGGCGUGUUUCUAAAGAAGUUUACGACUAUUACUUCACGCCAUUGAAUAAUACUCCAUUUUCCAUUGGUCUUGCUUUCCCGAGGACUUAUGGGCACUACUCAUUGAAAGUGGAAGAUGUUAUAAAAAAGUACAAACACACAGGCAUCAAAUUGAUAGAUUUCUUUAAAGGGAACUGGAAAAUCCACCCUAAAUGGACCUACUGUAAGUACCACUAUUUGGAAGGGCACGAGUACGACAAACCUGAAGAUGAACUAGUUAAUUUCUUGGGCAAAAUGUACGACGGUGAGUUCGUAUGGAAGAGACAAUAUGAACCAGAGAAGGAAGAACUAGAUAACGACAGUUAUUACUGCGAUAGAAAGCUAGUGGAAAGAUUAAUUUUCGACGCUUCAGCAACUGAAAAGUUUGUCAAAAACUGGACGACGAUUGAACACACAAGACCCAAGGAGUGGAGUUUGAUAACCAAGUACAAUGUUACCCUAACAUUUUUGGCCACGAUGAGUGGUUUAACCAGAUGGGAUUACAUUGACGAGAAAGUAGAAAACAAUACAAAGAAGGAAUUUGGUGACAUCCAUGCCAGAGCCAUCGACGAAACUUGGUACAAAAGUGCAGUCCUACAGCACAAGUACAACAAGGAUGCGUUCGUUUUCUCCGUUCCAUUUAACGCAGCCGAAUGCAAAGAUGACUGUCCGGUAACCAGUAGCUACGCCAUAUUCCCCUCAGACGCUGGUAAAGAAGCUCCUGGUUCUGUUGUUGGUUACCAGUUCUCUCUUGCGAAGCUCAAAGAACGAGCCAUGGAUGUGGCGUUCAAAUUAUCUAACCAAUGUUCUAUGUGUGGAAGAUGCAACACCACUUUGGACUGCUACAUAGUAGAUAAUAACGGAUACAUAGUGCUUAGCUUAAAAGACUCAUCCAAUGACACAGGGAAGUUCUUUGGAGACGUUGAAGACGACGUCUUGAUAUCCAUGAUUGAAGAAAACAUAUUUGAAGAAGUGAUCCUGUACGAUUUGCAAGCGCUAUGUACUGAUGAGGAGGGUGAAGGGAGCAGUGCCACCAGAUUAAUGACUCCAUUGGCUUUCAUCCUGGAGGUACUGAACGCGUUUGUGGUCAGACUAUUUGUUUACUGGAAGAUGUUUGACUGGUCUGGUCUUUCUUAUGUCCUGGCACAGGAUAUGAAAUAUGGCUCAGAUGUGGAGAUUAGCUUAGAGGACAGCUUAAAUAGUACAAAUUUCAACGAGACUUAUCUGAUUGAUGACAGCAUGAAUAGUACAAAUUUCAAUGAGACUGAUCUGAAUUAUGAAAUAGUGGAUGAUGACGACGAUGACGAUGAUGAGGAGGAUGAAGAAGACGACAAUAAUGGAAAGGAGUAUUUCACAUGUAGAACUGAAAUUCAUUUGUAUGUUCUGAACCAGGAUCGUACAAUAAACAUUGACUUUGAACCCAGCACUAAAAAUAGGCCAUACUAUGUCAAGAGCAUACAAUAUUCCAAUUUGAUAUUCGUUGCCAUUAACAACACCGUUCCUAAAGUGGAAACUGAUAGAAAAAAGCCAACGAUUGUUCCUCAAAUGUUAAAAUAUGACACAAUUUUGGCGUGUGAGAAGAAGUACUUAAAUAAUUUGGCUAGGAGAAGGUUGACUGGUUGUUUCAAUGAGCAUCCUUUGGAACAUGAAAUUCAAGAGUGUGGAAGAUCUGCCAAGACCUCACUGAAUGUAUUACUGUUGCUCAUUAGUUUAUUAAUGUUUUGUAUAAGGUGAAGUCAUGUAAGCGUAAGUAAUUGUAGAAUGUAAAUAUUCUACAGUAAAUAAAGAUGAUAUAUGUACUGUUAAAAUAAUUCAA